CAAACUCAUGCAAUCUCUCUGAGUCUCUCUCGCACAGACGAAGCCAUGAUCCGGGUACCCAGAGACGAAGCCAAGCGCGGAGGCAGGGCCAAUUGGCUCGCGCGAUCAGACUCCGGGAGGGGGAAGAAUCCAGCCCAACCGGCGGAGCUCCGAGAUGAGAAGAAAGAAACAAAAGCUGUCGAAAGCUCUAUGAGUAAACUCCAACUUGAUGAUGGUACUCCUACUUCAAAGAAGAAACGUUACCGUGAGUCUAAGAAAUGCCAUUCUCAGAAUAAGCAUUGUGCAAUUUGCCUUAUGGACGGCCACCACCAAUAUCUGUGUCCCUACCUGAAAAGUGUCCCGUUGGGCGUAACUGAAGUUGGAAGGGGCUAUAUACUAAUGUGUAGGACUUGUGGUUUUGUGGGUAACGUCUGCCGUCAUGGCCGCUCUUAUGCUUGUUUCUAUAGGCGUUCUGAGGCUCUGAAAGAUGACUACCCAAGCCACGAGGAAGUCGAGCAAAUCAGGGCAAGACAGAGACAAACGGCUGAAAUGUCCAGGGCACGACUGGAGAGAGGUGAACCAUCCUUAUUGGAUGAUACCUCUUCCGAUUCCUCUUCUGAGAUAUAAUCGUAAUGAAGCUUAGGAUUGGAGCAUGCGAUGGCUGCAGCUGUUGGAUUGCCUUUUCUGUUCAUUCACUACAAGAAAACAUGGCUUAGGUGUCGACAUACAUUCGUCACGUAAACAUGAAAA